AUGAAAAGAUUAUUAAAAGUUAUUCUUUUAUUAUCUUGUGCUUUUGGUGUCGAUGGCUUUCCAGAAACGAUUAAAUUCUAUGUAGAGCCAAUGCAAAAAGUCGUCCCAACUUAUGUUUCACAACUCGUCGAGGGGUAUUUGCAAAAGAUUCAAGAGGGAGUUCGAAUGAGAGCUUCAGUGAGUCUCGUCUUCGAUAACGGUUAUUAUAUUUUGGUGGACUCACCCUCGGCGACUGAUGUUGAUGCUAAAGGGGACAUGCUCAGAGGGUUGACUCAAAGAAAUCUCGCUCCGGGAAACGUUCAACUAAUCGUCACCACCCACGGUCAUCCUGAUCAUUUUGGUCAGGGGAAUUUCUUCCCGAAUGCUCGUCAUUUCUUCGGCAGCUAUGAGUAUUCUGACGACACCUACAUUCAAACAGAGCUCACCCACAAUGAUAGCAUGAAGAUCACGCCAAACGUCGAGCUAUGGAACACGCCAGGACACACGAAUCAGGACAUUUCCGUGAUUAUACGAAAUGUCCCAUGUUGUGGAACGGUUGCUGUUGUAGGAGAUCUCUUCUACCACGAGCAAGACGCGAUCAACGGAACUGACUGGUAUUCGGAUGCUUGGAAUCCACUAAUUGGUAAAGUCAAUCGGAACAAAAUUGUUUGCUCAUCGAACUACAUUAUUCCCGGACAUGGUCACGUGUUUAGAGUUACUGAAGAGAUGCGAGUUAACGCUGAUUGCCCAAGUAAUUCUACACGCACCUCCGCCUCGCCUCAUGUUGAUAUCACGACUCUUGAAGGAAACCAACUCCCCACUCCUGCACCAGAAAUUCUCACAAACGACAUUUUGAGAGGCGUCAGAAACAAUGCAAAAACAACAACAACGACAGCAGCAACGACAACGUCGAGCACAACAACAACGACGCCUAAACCGACAACGACAAGUACUACAAGUACAACUACAACCACAUCUACAACAUCUACAACAACUACAACAAAAACCACAACGACAACGCCGCCAAUGACAACCACGGUCAUUCCAACGCUUGUACCCGAUACGAGUGAGCUGAGAAUUUUAUUUUCAACUUCAAUCAUCUCUACCACACCAAUCCCGGCCAAGUUCGAGAAAGACACAAUGGCUGCACAAAAAUCUCGGAAAGAUGUGGGUGAAGUGGAGAAUCUCGACGCGAUCAUUAUGUUUCCAAGGACUGAAUUUUGGGCACCGGCUGCGAAAUAUCUUCAACAAAUCGCUGACGCGUCGACGAAUGCGAUACAUUUAGUCAUGCAGACGCCACCAAAGAAAAUGAAUAAUGAUAUGAACGCUGGAAUGAUCGUUGGAACGGCGAAUCGCCAAACGAAUCCCGCUUUGACACAAACCGUUUUGGAGACAGCCGGCAACUCGUAUUUAUUGCCACAUGGAGCUGCUCCAUCACAACAAAAAGAAAAAGAAAAGGAAAAGGAAAAGGAAUACCCGCCAAUUCCAAUGGACGAGGUGCACAAGUACAUCAAAAUGGAGAGGGAUGGACGGGAUCCAAGUCUGGUAAUGCCAGUUGUCGAAUCGGCUGCAGUUCAGCUAGCGAAAGCGCUCAAUAUUCGAGUGGUCAAUGGAGACACUUUGUAUCCAUACAGUGACUUCUGGAGAAAAACCUUCAAUAAAUUAGCGCACGACCCAGCCUUCCAAUACUAUUUCCGGAAUCCAAAGAAUCCGGUGGCAAAACGAGCGGCUCGUGAGGCACUCAUCGAAUAUUUAAACACUGGCCGGCCCAAGAAUACCCGGAAUUUG